CACUUUUCAUCAGGUCAACCGGCGUUCACUCAGGAAUCUCAAACCGACACCUCGCUGCCCAUUGGCGAGUUGGGCGACAUUUCGAACGAGAUCACCACCCAGAGGCCGAAACCCAGAAGGAGGCGCCCCCAACCGAGGAAACCGACUACCACCACCACCACCACCCUUUCGCCACCCCCGACGACUACCGAGGAGGCGGAGACCACCGAGAGCUACGACUUCCAGAAGUUGCAGGAACCUAUGGACGCCUCCCAGUCAGCGGAGACGGAAAGGCCGCGCAGGAGGAAACGGCCGAGAGUACCGAGUCGGGGUCGGUACGACGGCAGUACCAGCGUGGAGAACGAAGAGAGGCCCUUGAGGUACCGAACUACGACUCCGACGACAGAGGUAGACGAUAGCGACGAGAAGAAGAACACGAGGAGUCGGUAUAGAUAUAGACAGAGAGGCAACAAGGAAAGCAUCGAAAUGAGGAAUGUUCAUUUGCGUAGGCGCACUCGACCCCCUACCACCACCACCGAAAUGCCCGCCAAUCACAAAACCUCCGACGAGGAUUUUUACUCGUCGAUGUCCGAAGAAAACUCCCGUGAGCCGAUGAGAGUUUCCCAGGAGGUUUUCCAGAACAGGUAUCGGCAAGAAUUCGAUGAGGAAAGUGCGACUGCAUCGUACGAGAGAGAGAGACAGCCUGUUAGUGUCCGUUACAAGUUGCGAGAUGACGUGGUAGCCGAAACGACCAGUGUGGCUGAUGAAAAUGAUGGCAAUGGAGUGGUUAUCGAAGAGGUGACCGAGAGGGUGCAGAUGAUCGAGAAAACUGAGGAUGGUGGGUCUACGACCACUGAGGCCACGAUUGUCAACAUCAACCCCCCGGAAAACGAAAUAGAUUUCCCGGCAUCGUCUCCGCCGGCUAGCCGAUCAGACGAUGAGACCGACGUCCAAACAACCUUGGCCACCACGACCACCACCACCACAGCCGCCCCCACCACCGCUGCUGCUGCCGUGGAGGAGCCGAUGACCUCUAGGCCGGGGGGCAAGACAAGGCACCGCCUCCCCAUCAAGUACAACGCCAACAGACCGCGGUUCAGCGUCAAGGAAUACCGGCAAAGGUUGAGCCAGUACACGUCGACGACUACGACGCCAUCUACCACGACGGACUUUGUCAGGACUACGUCGGAAAGAUUGAGAGGUCCUUCAGAUGUGAUGCUUUUGCGCCGAAGAAAUAAAAUCAAAAUUAAUCACUCCACUCUCUAUUUAUCUUAUUACUCUGAGACAAUAAUAAGCACCCGAUCGCUUCGCAGGUUCCCUAACCGACUCAGAUCGAGACCAACCCACCCCACUCACCCUACCGCCCCCACGAUACAAACCGAAGACGAACCGGCCACCGAACCGAUCCUACGCCGCAAGUUCGUGCCGAAAGAACCGCGACACGGCGCCACCACCGAGCCGAACGUCAUCGGCGAGAAGCAUGUCAAAGCUGUCAACACGCGGAUGAGACCGUUCGGCGGAAAUAGAGCCACCACUGCCGGGAAUAGAGUCACCGCUUCCGGUAACCCAGUCACCGCUUCCGGUAGCUCAGUCACCGUUUCCGGGGGCGAGAUCAACGGUUCGUUGUACAGCAGGAAGCGGCCUACUGGGACCUCGUUGAGGUCGAAGUACUUCGGUAGGCCUGAGAAGAACGUGACGUCGGUUGGCGAUGUUGCCGCGACGACGACUGAGAAGGAGGAAGUGCCGGAAGUGGAUGAGGAGAAUCACGUCGAUAGGACCACGACCGAACCGAUACAGUCUACGACCGAACCGGUACAGUCUACGACCGAAGACCUCCUCCAAGACGACUACUCGCAGCGCGUUUCUGACCUCACCUCCUCCUUCAAGACCCAGUACGAGACGCCGGGCCUGUUCAACUCGGUGUCGCCCAACAGCCGCAGAGUGCCCAACUAUUUCACCAUCUCCACCGACGAUCCCAUUUUGCCCAUCGAGGCGUUCUUUCCCAACAUCAAGGAUAGGGAGAGGAGGCGAUGA